AUGGAUAUGUGCAAUUGGCAAUUAAAUAAUUCCCUAUCGAUAUUGUGUGAACGUUUACGGUCUGAAAAAUUGCUUGUGGCGAGUGAAUUAGAGAAUAUACAACGAUUAAAUGAGCAAAUUGAUGAAGAGCAGUUACUGCUGGCACAGCUUUCUUGGAUCGUUAACCGGCAACAGGAUAUUUUGAAUCGAUUAGUGAAUUCACAUCCAAGUGUGUUACCAGAGAACAGCUGUUUACUGAAUGCUCAGUUGGAUUCGGCUGAUUUUAUCGAAGCAUAUCAGCGUAUUGAUGCGCAUCAUUAUAGUUCGUUGACGUCAAUCCUUAACACUCUCUACAAAUCACCAAAAUCAGUUGCUGAAUUACUGAAUGCUUCUGAUCAAAUUGUUAAGGAAAGUGAAGAGAGCAAUGAAGGAUUCGUAUCGUGUAUAUUCAGUUUUUUGUAUGGAUGUUGUGUAUUUCCGAACGAUGAGCGUUAUUUAUUGGAAGUUUUAUCGUAUCUAAUUGAUAUGCAGUUGUCGUCGAACAGUGAUCCUAGACGUGUUUUGCGCAAGGGCAAUGCUGCGUUCUGUCGUCUUUAUCGGUUGUUCUCUGAAGGAUUGUUCAUUGAUAUAUUUCUAACCGCUGCUUUACAUGACCCGGUUAUGUAUGUCUUAAGUCAGGAUGAUAUAUUUCUCGACAUUGAUCCAUCCAAGUCGGCAAUUCGUUUUCCACCAGAGGAACGUAGAAGAAGAUUUGGAGAGGAUGAAAACUCACUGAGUUAUUUACAACGAUUGAGUGCACAUCGUAAAGUUAUCGAAUCGAAACUGAUUGCAAUUAGCACUCGUUUUGUUCAAGGUAUAACAGAAGCAAUGAGCUGUUUUCCACAGAGUUUGAGUUGGCUUGUUAAAGAAUUGUAUUCGACGUUAAUCGAUCGCAAUAAACUUACAACUGAACAAGGAUCAAUGGCACAAAUUGUUCAUCGAGUAUUAGAAAGCAGUGGAGAGUCUUUAAAUGAACUCUUUUCCAAGAACACCUUCGACAGUCAUCAGUGUGAACAACAUCUUAGACGUUCUUUUGUUGCCAAUUUCUCUGAGCUUAAUUGCUUUCAUGCGAUAUUACGUUCGAGUGCAAUCGAACGGAUAACUGAUACUAAUAUUCGUCGCGAUAUUCGCAAUCUGAUACGUCGAAUGCCAUCUCGUUUCGAUGCUCCAAAUUCCCCUCAGCGCAAUAUUGAUACCAAAAAUGAGUCGAGAAUGUCUCCUCCGAUCUCAAAUAAGUCAGAUGGAAAUGCUCAAAAUUCAACUCUAUCGCCAACUUCGUCCCGUAGUAACAAAUUACGAACAUUCGCAGAUAGAGUUCAAACGGUUGCUCACAAAGGACAGUUACGUUUGCGCAGUCAACACUCUUCACAGCAGGACAGUAAUGGGUCUCAUCCAGGAGCUGCAUCCAACGUUGAGGUAUUGAUAUUUGCAUUAGGCGACAAUAGCGAACCGUUGGGAUUGUGUAGUGAGGAGAAGUUUAUGGAAUCGUUACGGCAGCCGUUAUCGAUCAGAAAACAUAAAACUUCUGACGGUGCAUCUGAGAAACGAACUCGUUUCCUUGAUUCUGAGAGUAUUGGUAUGUCAGAUCGAGUAACUGAUGCUGGAAGUGAAGAUGAAGAAGAAGGCGCUAGUUUGUCGUCAUCGAUUGAAGGUAAUGCAGAGGAUGCGCUAGAGGAUGACGCCGAGGACGUUUCGUCAACGUUGCCGGAUAACUUCAGUGAUGUUGGUUUGAUAAGUGCAAAUGUUUCUGGCAGAGGCUCUCCUUCGAUCAGUGGGCCACCUUCGGUGAGUGGUCGAGAUACACCGCAGUCAUCACACACAGACGCGGCAGUUCAGCAAGAUACUUCGAAUGCAAAUGCAAACAAUACAACGAGAACACGUCAUCAUCUUCAUCGGUCGAACAUGCCGAAUCUACCGUUGAGUGUACGUCGUGAGAAUUCCGAAGGACUUGAAGAUAAGUUCGGUAAAUUCGGUCUUCCUCAGCAAGACAACAAACACCGAUAUCGUGAUGAUACGCACUCUUUGGUGAGCGAUAGUUGGUCAACAGAUGUUCAGCCAUCAGACACGGAAGGCAUCAUGACAGACACUCGUCACGAAGCGAUCAGCAAUCUGCCUGCAAAUAUCCAACAGCUUUUACAACCACCUAAUAAUGAUACCAAUAAUACACAUCAAAUACCAAUUGUCAGCGAAGAAACUGCACCAUCAAGACCGCUUUCUGCGGUCACCAAUAGAAUGACUAAUAGACUGCCGACAUCCACAACAGCAAAUAAUAACGCUGCAACGGCAAAUAUUGCAUCAAACACAACUGCUAAUCAAGCAGGUGCAGCCUCUUCGUCCUCGCUGGGUAUAUUGAUGAAUUCAGAGGAUAGAAGUGAUACGUGGUCUGUUGAUGCGAUGGCGAGUGAUUCAGAAGCAGAUAAUAUGCUGGUGCAUAAUCGAAAUGAUGACCUAUUGCUGAUCAAUGACGACGAUUCCACUGAUCAGCGCAUUGAUACCGCAUCUGGAACCAGCGGUGGCGAUACGCCGUUGCUGAUGUCAACUCAAAGUGAAACGAGUUUAGCGUCAGGUGUCAUAAGUGCCGCAACACAAUCUAAGCAUUUGAAUCCUUCAAAGAAUGUAACGACUGAUUCAUUGAACGAGCAAAUUCACCGCGGUAAUAUCGAUUCGUCAACUAAUGAUCCCAUCAGCAACAACAGUAAUCGUUCGCAUCAGCAACAGGCCAAGAAGAAGGUGCCUCCGGUGGACGUGUCGGUAUUCGAUGAAAUACCAUCAAAUAGCGCAUUGCCACCUAAUGUUCCGUCAAUUGGUGAAGUAGCUGCCAAUGGUAAUAGUAGAGAACGUUUAAGACGUCAGUCGAGCGGCAGUUCAUUCUAUUCAAAAUCUGAUAUCGAUUCUGAGUUUUCAAAAGAUCUGAACGAAGAUGCGCUAUCGACACUACUUGCUGAGUAUGUGCCCAUGUCGUCGUCCUAUAAUCCAACCAGUAACAUAAUGGAUUUAAUCACGACCAAUGCCAAUUCACACACAACGUCCACGAGUCCAGCCGCAUCCAUAUUGGCACGAGCUGGCUCAUUUUGUAACGAUGACAUUGACAAUCAGUCAAUUUCGCAACAGCGCGAUCAUUCUCUUAGUCCCAUCAAUAAUACGUUCCCAUUCAAUGUGACCAAACAGAGGAAAGAUGUAUCGGAAAUGGAUAGAGUUGGCGAGUUGAGUCAGUCGAAUGCAUGCUGCCCACAUUCAAGUGACGUUCACAACGAUACUAAACUAGCUAAUUCUGAUGAAAAAUCAGAAGACGGCGAUAAAUCGACUAGCAAGAACGUUGAUGUAAAUACAAACGCGAUAUCAGGAGGUAUUCAAACAGCAGCAACUGCCAAUACGUCAGGUUUUGCACGUAAGAAGAUAAAUAUCUUUCAAGGACUGCAGAAAGUUGGCGAAUCACUCAAAAUGCGUAAAGGCAUGGCAGUGAGUUCUUUAAAACAGUCACUAUCUCAAGCGACAACGAUGAAUGAAUUAGCAUCAGUUGAUGCCAAUUCAAAUCCAUCAAUGUGUGUUUCGAACGACAAACCGAACACAUUCAAACGAGAUACUCAGCAAGAUAUCACUGGUCGAAAGCGUCUAACUGGCAGUCAUUCAAUGGGUGAGUUGGGAUGUUUGAGAGAGAAGAACGAAAGUAACGAACACACAGCAAAUGCGAUUCUCGAUAAGUAUAAGGGUAAACACGCGAUUGUAAUUGAUUACAAUAAUUCACCCGAUAAUCUCGAACGCGUCUCGAAUCAACUCCAUCCUGCUCAGCAGUGCAUCUCAGUGCUAUCGUCAUCAUCGUCGCUGUCCUAUCUGCCCUACUACGACGCGAAUAACGUCACUCAGUGUCGUGCUUUUAUCGAUGCCAAACGUAAAUUACGACUUGUGCUCAGUUCAAUCGGAUCAUCUUCAUUACCAGAUCUCUCGAACAUGACCAUCAGCGAGCAUUCGACUGUCGAUUAUUCGUUAUCAUCCGCAAAUCAGAUCAAUAAAAGAGGCGAAUGUAACGAUGCACAGUAUUUGAAGAAUUUUCUGCAAAUAUUGCUUGCUGAAAGUAUCAAUGGACAAGAGAAGACAUUGAGUGCUCAAAUUAGAGAAGUCUUACGUUGUAUCACGGUGUUCAGCGAUAAAGAAAUUCGUAAGUUAUUGAGAACGUUAAAGGAUGAACAUCGUAAACGUACUGCUUAUGUUUUAUACUUACAACAGUCAAGACUCACUCUCCUUCAGUAUCGUUCCUAUCUUGAAAAACUUUUGAACCGUGUUCAAAGGGAGAAAUCAUUAACUGUUGAAUGUCUGGUUGAAGUAUUGGUGCGAUUCUAUUUACAACAACGUGAUAUGUACGUGCGUCGAUUCAUUAAUGAUUUUCAGCUGUUGAAAGCACAAGAUGAAAGAACAGAUGCAGUCGAACGUGCGUUAACAAUGUUGUAUGAGCGUAUGCCGAAUGAGGCGAUGUGGAAGGACGCAGACAAAGAGAUGUUAGCUUAUGCUCGUAAAAGCGUUGAACGUUCGAUCAUGGCACAGAUUCAUUUGAUCGCAUUCUAUCCAAAUGGAGAGGCUGAUCAGUGCAGAGAUAGUGUAUUCCAUAAAUCGUUGCGCAAACUUGCCCAAAUAAUCACACCAGAUCAUGCUGAACUGAGAAUUCCACAGCGUUUCCACGGUGAAUGUCCAUGGCCAUCAGCUCAAGCAGAGAUAUCGAUAAUCAAUGCAUACAAAUCGCCUCGUGAUAAAAUCGCGUGUGUUGUUCGUUGUUGUGAAACCAUCCAAAAUCUAAUCUUCCUCGCGCCUCAGCGCGGUACCGCUUCAGCCGACGAUAUCACACCUUUACUUGUUUAUAUCCUUAUACAGGCAAAUCCGCAAGCUUUAUUGUCGAAUAUCCAGUACAUUAAUGGUUUUUAUGGUAAUCGGUUGGAAGGUGCUGAGGCUUAUUGGGAAUUCGGCGUUGAAAAUUUAGAAGAAUCAUCGUAUGUGUCAUGUAUGAAUUCAGCGUUAGAAAGAAAUUAUCAAUGCUUUGCAGACGGCACAGUGAACACUUCAAUUUUGAUGAGUGAAAUGGAAAGUGAUGAAAGUGGUAGUCGAAAUGUUUUGUUGGGCACGAUUGAUGAACAUUUAGUGCGUAUGCGUGACCAUAUUAAGGUGGUUCUCGGCAAACAACGCAGUAAAGUAUAUUUUUCAUACUUCAAGGAAUGGCUGCGGGGCCAUAAAUCACAAGAAGAGUUCAAUGGAUUGGGUUUAGCGAUGAUGCCCACUGACCAAAAAUUCGUUCAUAGUGAUUUCUUUGUUACGAUGAAGAAACUUUGCGAUAUGCAGCAUAAAGAGGAUAAUGCGGUCCGAAUAUUUGAUGAUAAUCGCUUGACGAAACAGCAAAAAGACUUGAAUGCAUCCGCUCAAGGUGUCUCAAAUGAUCAAGCUAUCAAAAAACCAAGAUUAAUCAGCGAUAUUGAGUACGUAGAUACAAGGCAAUCAACCGCUAUUGUACCAUCGAUACCAACUGAAUACAACGCCAUGAUGGAAGGUCUUUCUGAAGUACAUCCGUUCUCUGGAUGGUUGCCGAGCAAAGGACAAAUAAAGGGACGUAUGCUAUUAGCAGUGUGGGAACAUGGUAUCGAAAGUAUUACAGAUGAUUGUAUAAAUCCCUUACUUGUUGUUAUUCGAGUAAGUUUUAUUUUGAGUUUCUGA